UAAUCGGUUGAAAUUCGGUUGUUAGUUUCCGCAGAUUGGUUCCCGACCGCGCAAAAGAAAAUUUUUUUUCUUUGACUAUCAACACCGUUUGUUUGACAUUUACCAAUACUGUACAAAAAAUUUGGCGGAAAGCACUAAAAUGUCGACAACUGAGGAUAUUACUCAUCCUAUGAGUGAAAAGAGUCCCGAGAUCGAGAAAAAUGAUCAAGAAGAAACUGUUACCAAAGAUGUUUCACUGGAUGACAUAGAAGGCAGCAAUCGCUCCGAAGGAAAAACGGAAAGUAUUGUUACAGUGCUAUCUAAUCCAAACAAAACGAAUGCCGCCAAGAAAGCCGACGCUGCAGCUAUGAAAGCAGACAUGAACACGGAGGAGAUGAUGAAUGUCGAUGGAUCUUCAUCUCAUUCGACCGCCAAUGAAGGAAUGAAUCCAUCAACAGAGCGCGCUUUGGCCAGCAAAAAGCCGCCAGCUCCUAAGAUGGACUGGAAGAAGAAUCUCCGUAUUCUCAUCUCCAAUAUGUAUAUGAAUUCGAAAGACCGUCUGCCCGGAGCCUGUAUGCCCAAAUGUCUGCGAAAUACGAAAGAAUGCGAGGAUAAACACCGCGCUGCAAUGCUGCCAGAUGUGCCAAACUUUAUGCUGGUGGAAGAUCUGAAGAGAACUCUGCGUGGCCACCACUAUGACACCUUCCUGGACAUGGUGGAGAUGAUGGCGAUGCAAUGCGUGUACCCUGGAGAUGGUAUCUUUGACAGGCUCAUUGACCUGGUCAUGAUUCUGAUUGCCAAAGAAAUAACUGUCAAAGAGCUGGCGGACAUCUAUAGAAAGGCGAUAAGCACCUUCUUUCUCCUGGUCGAUGCCUUCCCACCCUGCUGGACGUGCUUGCGCCCAUAUUACUUGAAUUUCCUGCGCGUCCCGAAUCCGACCAUUCGUAGCGCCCGUACCGACAAUGGGACGCAAAAGCUGAAGUUCUAUCUGGAUCUUUUGGAGGAGAUCUUGCCGCAAUGCAGCGAUAUGGAGAUCCGCACGAUGACAAAGCCCUUUGAGGAGCACGUAUUCAAUUUCACGGAUGAGGAAGAACUAGACAUGUCACAAGAGACGGCAUUCCUGCAACAUGUGCAGGACUACGACUGGAUAAGUGGCAAACUCUGUCUAGAUGACUUCAAGAAUCUGUCGCCUGGGGCACGCCUCUCGCGAGUCUGCGAUGUGCUGAACAUGCUCUGCAGGAUCCUGGAAAUGGAGUUCUUGUCCUGGCUGGACCACAACCGUCUGCGCCAGUCCGAGUCAGAGAUGUUCAAUGAAGAAACAAAGCCGUUUGCCAUCCAUGUCUUUGGAAUGUCGGCAACAAUGCGGCUCACGGAUAUUGUGCGCCAAGUAAUGCGUUUGUACGGCUUGGCGGCGGAAAAGUCCAUGUACCCCGACCGUCUAGAAAUGCUGCAGCGCCUUAUCACACUCGUUGUGGAAGUCAGCAACACGGCUGAGCUGAAAUACGUGGACAACAAUGUGACCUACCCGAACCUGGGUUCGCAGACCCGCCUGCUGAUUGCCCAGUUCUUCAAGAUAUUCAAGUCACAAAAUCCCAAGCACAUCAGCACCUACAUCAAAAGCAUUUCGCAGCUGGACCAGCCGUAUCUUCGCUUCGAGUUCACCGAUCACUUUCUGCAGCUGUUUUACUUCCCCAGAAAUGUGGCGUUCGGGCCGAAGAAGGUGUGCGAUGAGUUCAAUGAGAGGCAAUGGUUGAAAUACAAGCCAAAGAGUGAGAUCGAGGAAGACGACGAUGAGCAACUGUCGCGGGAGGAUUAUCUGAAUAUACUCCUGAACGCGCUAAAGGACUAUGACAAAUGGAUGAAUCUGAAGGGCUUUUGGAAGUUUAUGCAGAACAAGGAGCAGGUGCAGCAAUUGCAGACCUGGACCAGCAGCCCACUGGCAACUCCUGUGGGCAUCAUAACGGGCGAAACGUUCAAGGCCUUCGAGCUGAGUGAAAUGGAAAAGGAAGUGCCCAGCUGGAAGAAGCGCCUCAACACCAAGGUGAUUCUGGGCAGGCCCAAGGUGAAUUUGCCAGUGGCCAAAAUCAAUUUGGUCGAGUCAUGCGGUCGCUAUAGCAGCGAUGUGCGUUACAUACGCUAUCUGCGCCGUGUGCUCGUAAAGGAAGUCCAGUCGGAAAUCGAUGUAACCGAUUGGUUGGAAUAUCUAAAUGGAUUCCUGUGCGACGACGAACCACCAUCAGAGCCGGCAUCGCCCCGUUCCUCCCCAGCGUCGGACCCAGAAGAAGCCUAGUGGCGCUUCGGUUUAAGUAUUUCUUAAAUCUUUAUCUCACCAAAUGUUAAAAUAUGAAUAUUUUAUGUUUACUGAAAGGACGCGCUGAGCGAUUGUUCGUUGUGAAGAAUGUAAGAAUAAUGCAUUUAAUUCAUUUUCCAUUCAUUUCAUAAUUUUCAUUUUCUGUAUUUCUCCACUGCAAAUAUAUAUUUAUGCUUUAACUAAAUACACAUUUACGCACACAUUUACAUAUAAAUACAGCUACUACGCAUGUACAUACAUUAAUAAAUAUACAUAUACUCGUAUAUAGGUAUAUAUAUAGGUGUAUAGUUAUACAAUAUUAUCGCGUUUUGUUUUUAAGCAUUUUGCUUUGCUUUGCUUUUUUGUUUUGCAGAUCUCCUUUUUCGUUUUGUUUGUCUUUGUUCAUUUAAUGUCUAAAUUCUUUGCAGUUUUACAUUUUACACACUCAACUAUCAUUAAGUUGGGCUCUUAAAUGCUAAUCUCACUACGUCACUUAUUUAUUUAUAAAAAAAAAAAAAUUGUACGCGUGGGGGAUGGUGAGGAAGGAAAGCGGUGUUGUGUCGCGCAUAGGAUCUCUGACAUUAUUUAUACGAUGCAAUCGUUGGCGGCGGGUCUCCAGGUCAGCAGUAGACCCACCCUCCACAUAAAAUCAUCAACAUCCUUCCGAUGGACUGGUGAGAGAGUAUCUCAAGUGUGAAAAAUGAUUUACAUAGAUCGACUUUAAGCGGUAUUUAGAAAAUUACUCUGCCAGGCUUCCUGUCGCGGCGUGGGGGAGGGGGUUCUGUUUCGAGGUUCGGGUUUCGUUUUAAUUCGUUAACACUACACAUUUAUCAACAUUUAUUUAGUAUUUAUUCAAUAUAUUCUAGCGUUUGUCUAAUGUAAUUUAUCCUUCUCCCGGUUUGCAUGUGAUUUCGUAUACAUUUCAGAUUUUCGUUUUGUUGCGCUUUGAAAUCUAUAGGAACUUGACGCAGGGGUCGACGGGGAAACCCGUGCUGCAGUUUUAAAAUUGUGAGCGAUACGAUACGAGUACAUAACAAGUUUCAGUCGGGGGCUGUGGUGGAAGGGAACGGAACCAAGGGUCGA